AUGGCAGAGCCCUGGGGACGCUGGAGUCCAUCCCGCAGCGAUGCCGGCCGCGCCAGCCCCGAGCUCCAGCUCUCCCACGGCUCCAGCCGGCCCAGCGGGAAAGCCAUUUACGCCCAGCGCAGGGACUAUGCGCAGAGCCUGCUGCAGCAGGACACCUUCCAGCACCACGUGGAGCACCUGCUCACCGUGCGCCUGGAGCGCGACGUGCGCAGCGUCCAGGACUGCGUCGCCCGCCUGAAGGCGCUUGAUGCCCAGGGCCGCCUCUGGGGCCAGGGCCUCGUCCUGCACGUCCAGGAGCAGGCGCUGGUGCUGAGCGACGCCGAGAGCAAGGAGGAGCUGGAGCGGUUCCCGCUGGGCGCCGUGCAGGAGUGCUCGGCGCCGGGCGACGCGGAGGACGCGCUGCUGGCGCUGCGCGUGCAGGAGCGCGCCGGCCCCGCCGUGCUGCUCUUCCAGUGCCAGGAGCCGGGGGCCGCCGUGCUCAAGAGCAGCCUGGAGCGGCUGCUCAGGCAGAGCCAGGAGGAGCAGAGGAGCCAGGACAGCUACAGCGUCUCCCAACCCCCUCGUGCCGAGAGCCCCUGCCAGCCCACGGAGCCCUCGUUGCCCCACGGAGCCCUCGACGUCCUCAACCACGUGCUUGGCGACCUGGAGCUCUUCGUGCAGCAGCUGCGGGCAGCCGUGGGCAAGGCCAGCACCAAGAACCUCUGGAAGAGGAAAAACAAGGGGAAAAUUUUCCCACCCGAGGCUGCUUACAGGGACUUCUUCCAGAAGAUGAAAUACGCCUUCAACCUCCUGGGAAAACUCCGCUGGAGCCUGGAGCGCCCGAGCAGCGCCGAGCUGCUGCCCUCCCUCUUCGAGGCCUUGACCUUCGUCCUGGGCCACUGUCCGCACGGGGAGCUGGCGGCCUCGGUGCAGAGCCCGCUGCUCAUCCCGGCGGCCGUGGCGCUGCUGGAGGCGACGCUGCGCGGGCAGCACCGCGACACCUGGCACGGCCUGGGCCCGGCCUGGACCAAGACCCGGGACGAGCACCCGGAGGGCCACAGGGUGCCCGCUUACAUCCCAGUCUUCUCCGAUGGGUGGCUGCCACCGCGGAUGCUGCUGCCGCCGGGGCCCCCCCUGCCCGAUGAGCGGGCACCGGCCCCCAGCCACAGGGACAGCCCCACGCAGGGCCCCCCCGUUGUCCCCCGGGAGCUGGUGCGGGCGCAGGACGAGUUCCAGGGCAGGAACGCGCAGGAGCUGACGGUGCGGAGAGGGGACGUGCUGCAGGUGCUGGACCAGCGCAAGAGGUGGUGGCUGGUGCAGAACAGCCACGGGGACAAGGGCUACGUCCCCAGCAGCAUCCUGCAGCCGCCGGGGCUGGGACACAGGGCGCAGGACACCGGGGUGUCCGGCACAGCCGGACCCCCCCAAGCCCUCGGGGCUCCCUGGACCUUCUUGUUCCCGCAGGGCAGCCCCCCCGUCCUGCACCCCGGCUCCCCGCCGGCGGAGGUGGCAGCGUGGCUGCAGGACAAGGGCUUCUCGCGCCUGACAGUGAAGUGCCUCGGGGUGCUCUCCGGCCACCAGCUGCUGCACAUGAGCCCCGAGGAGCUGCGGGCCGUGUGUCCCGAGGAGUGGCGCCGCGUCGCCUUCAAGCUGGCGGCCGUGAGGACGUCCCUGGAGAUGGGUCCGAGGGACUGAGGCACAAGGGCUGGGACCGCAGUGACAAUGUCCCCCAUGAUCCGCCCGGAAUGAGCAUCCCAGGACGAG